UAUGAAAUGAGAUAAGUAAUCUCAAAACUAAUAUUGCAUUGGUGAUAAGUCUGCAGUAAAAGUCUGCUUAAAUAUAACAAAUAAUACAAUUAAAAAUAAAACAGUAUCAUUAUAAUUUCCAAAAUAUAAAGAUUCGCUAAACGGAUUCUUUUGUAUCUUCUAAGCAAAGCCAAAAACCGUGUAUUCAAAUGACGUCAAUAUGGAAGAUUGCAAGUUAAUACCAACUUGGUUGACCAAUGCCUACUUCCAGAAUGUGUUGCGAAAUUACAAAAAAGAUACAUCUUUGACUGUCACAAAAAUGGAAUCAAGUGUAGCAACAGGGAAAGGGGAAAAUUUCAUAAGUGUGAUUAUACGUGUUAUUGUGGAGUAUAAAUCAAAUAAUAAAGCCUCAAAAAGCGAACCCUUUAUUGUGAAAUCCAAGUUAGAACACGAUGUCGCCGUAACACUAAUAUUGGAACCAUAUCAAGCUGAAGCAACGGAAAUGCUGAUGUAUGAUAAAAUAUUGCCAAUACUUAAUGAAUUAAUAAAAUUGAUUGAUGAGCAAGAGAAACUUUUUCCAACAGCCAUUUUCGUGGACUAUGAACAUAGGGCCAUAAUAUUCGAAGACCUCGCAGAAUUGGGUUAUACUUCAGCAGCACGUUUGAAUGGCAUUGAUGAGGAAGUAGCGAAAUUGUGUCUGGAGAAUAUGGCUAAGAUACAUGCUACUGGUUUGGUAUUCAAUACCAUGCAUCCGGGUCUUUUACAACAGUUGCAUCAUGGUGUUUUUAAUCGCCACACUAGAGGAUUUGCAGCAUAUUUCGAAACUAUUAUGGAAGUUUGUGCAAACUUUGCUGGAGAUUGUGUUGAUUUAGGAAUUUAUUAUAAGGAAAAACUAUUAAAAUUAAAAGAUAAUAUGAUGGAGUGUGGAGCUAGAGUUUUUGAUGUGAAACCAGACUUCUUUAAUACACUAUGUCAUGGUGAUUUCUGGGCUAAUAAUUUAAUGGUUACCUAUACAGAAGAAGCAAAUAUAUCAAAAAUAAAAAAUGUUUUGGCUUUGGAUUUUCAAUUUAGUGUUUGGGGUAGUCCAGCAGUGGAUUUACAUUUAUUUUUU